GGUUUGGUGGGUGGGUGGGAGCACUUGGAGAGCUAUUUAUGGGACUUGGGAAAUAAAGGAUUCUUUCGGAAUUUCUGCGAUAUCAAAAAAAUAUGACUGAUGAUAAGACUGGUUCAAUUGGUAUCGCAGAAACAAAGUCCAAGUGUUUAGCGCUAAAGUACUUCUGCCUAUAUCACGAGCCACCCCAAGUACUUGUAUUAUACAUCAUGAUUCAUGAUUCCAGGCAAUCCAAUGUUUUUCAAGUCAAUUUGAAACUGCUAUGUGCUAUGGGAUCUUGGGGAAGUGCGGAGAGCCGGGUGGGGUAGGCUGGGGGUGGGGGUGUUUCACACAGUGUCUCUAUUCGUGGUAGACGCGACUCCGACUCUCAGGGUGUGCGUUAUAUAUAUAUUAAUAAAAAGCACUGGGUGACAUUGGAACUGCCGACAUACCAAGAAAUGAAAACCCUGGACGUCAUCGUCGUAGGCGCAGGAAUCGGCGGGUUAUCCACCGCGCUUGCGCUCGCAGGGGACGGACAUCGAGUGACGGUGUUGGAUGCUAUUAAGGAGUUUGCGGAGGUCGGCGCAGGCAUCCGCAUCCCCCCCAACGCAUACAAACUCGCCACCCACUGGGGUGUCGACUUUACCCUCAUCAAAAAGGACGUCUCGAGAGGGAACCGGUUCGUGCGCUGGAACGACGGGAAGGUGUUGUGUGAGGUUGCUUUUGGGGGGAAGGAGAAUGGGGAAGGAGAGGGUAUGGAGGCACGCUACGGCGCCCCAUACCACUUCGUGCACCGCGCGGAUCUAGUCGAGGGUCUCCGGAGAACUGCAGAGGAAUUGUAUAGUUCCAACAUAACCAUCCACACCUCCACCCGUGUUAUCUCAUACGACUUUCACAAACCCGGCGUCCUCACCGCCAAUGGGGAGGAGUACACCGGAGACCUAAUCAUCUCCGCCGACGGGAUCAAAUCCCUCGCGCGGGAUGCUAUAAACGGGAGUCCGAUAGUUCCUGUAGACACAGGGGACGUGGCGUAUAGGAUCCUAGUCCCUGGAUCAGCAUUACUCCAAGACCCCGACCCCGGGAUCCGGGGACUCGUCACGGAGCGGUGGGCAACACAUUGGAUGGGUCCGGAGGCACACGUGGUGGGGUACCCACUCCGAGGUGGAGAACUCUACAACAUCAUCAUCGACGUGACGCACCGUACGGAUCUCGGUUCCCCUCUCGGAGAUGUUGACUGGGGAAAAUCCACCGAUAACACUGGGUUAAUCGAGCGAUUCACGGGGUGGUGUCCCGCUGUGCACCGAUUAUGCGGUGUGGCAGGGGAGUGUGUUAAGUGGAAGUUGGGGGAAUUGGAGGAACCACUGGGGAGGUGGGUGGAUGAGAGUGGGAGAGUGGGGGUGUUGGGGGACGCAGCGCAUCCGAUGAUGCCGUAUCUCGCACAGGGCGCGGCACAGGUUAUGGAAGACGCUGCGGCGUUACGGUAUGCUUUAUCGUAUUAUCUCUCCGAGCCCUCUGCUGGCUCUUCCCCCUCCUGUAUACCCUCCGCCCUUCACCUCUACCAAUCCCUCCGCGCCCCUCGCGCAUCCUACAUAACCUCCAACACCCAGAUCCUCCAAGAAUGGCUGCAUCUGCACGACGGACCUGCACAGGAGGCCCGGGAUGGGCUUAUGGCGUUAGGAGACACUGAGGAGAACCCGAUUUUUUGGGCGAGUGCGGUUAGGAGGGAUUGGUUAUUUGGAUGGGAGGUUGGGGCGCAGGCGAGGGCGUUGGGUGUGAGUUAUGCGAAGGAGGGAGGGGAACGAGAGGAGGAAGGGGAAGGGAAGAGGAAGAGAUGGGUGGAGAUGGGGAUUCCAAAGUUCCCACCAUUACCACCGCCUGAGGCAUCGUUUUCCAAUCUUGACAAGACUUACUUGAAGAAGCUUCAGUUCGAACCUCAUAGAGCCUCAUCCCACACAAAUCUUGGUGACAGUUCUGACAAGAGCGAGGAUAACGAAGAGGAUGAAGAUGAACAGUCCAAAGUAGAGAAGGAGGCUCAGAUGCCCAAGAAGCGAGGCCGAAAAAAAGCGAAAAAUGAGAUCAACCUCGCAUCUCCUGCUUUGCUGGCAAUGAUAUCAGAUGAGUUGCAGACUCUCUGUGAUACCCCAGAGUCAGCCAUGGCCUCCGGUUCUUCUCAACUACUGAUCAGUGAAGAGGUGAACCGAAGGGAUGUGCCAGUCAACUGGGAAAGCCUUGGAAUAUAAGUUACACUUAGUUACUUGAAUUCUUCAAGUUACAAAUAGUAACAUCAUAUUAGUUACACUGUUUCUUACACUAAUUAGUUACUGUUACUUACGCGUGUAACUAAUGGAUUCAGAACUUCAAUGUUAGAAACAAAUGUAAGUAAUAGUUUGAGAAU